CCGGAAGUGGUGGCGGCGCCGUUCCCGGCCCGUGAUGGCGGAGGCGGGCGCGGGCGGCCCCCGGCUGGCGGAGCUGCUGGCGUUGGGACGGCGGCUCUUGGAGGAGUUAGAGGCCAGCACCGAGCCCUCCUCGGGAGCCCCGGCCGUGCAGGACAAGGUGCGGCAGGGGCUGGACGCGCUGCAGCGGGCGGCGGCCAUGGUGACGCAGCUGGAGCUGUUCAGGCUGAGGCCCCCCAGCUCCCUCAGGCGCCCCUCCCAGCAUGACUCCAGCCUCUUUCCCACCUCCGUCCCUGUUCCCUGCUCUCUCCCUGGCAGUGAGAACGAGGAGCUGGAGGAGGUCGCCUCAGCCGACCUGAAGUUCAUGCUGCUGCCGGCGCUGCUGGGAGCCCUGACGCUGAAGCAGGUGGACCUGAGCAGGAGAAGGGAGCACCUGGAGACUGCCCGGGAGCAUUUCCAGCACUUCCUGAAGCUCUGCAGGAACUACGGGCUGGGAUCUUUUCAGCUGCCCCCAGGCACCUCCAGCGAGGAGGAAGCCAGGAGCUCCUCGGCCCCCCGGGACCCCUCCCAGCCCAACCUGGUGGCCAUGGCCUUGAGCAGGACAGCCAAAAUUGAAAGAUACAAGCAGAAGAAGGAGCUGGAGAACAAACUGGCCUCCAUGAGCAGCUCCGUCGAGAGUGGGACAGCGGAUGAGGAUCAGAUCCGGGAAUUUUACAUCCUCCAGAUCCAGAAAUGGAUCGGCACCAGCCUGGAGGAGAUUGAGAGCAUCGACCAGGAGCUGGUGAUCCUGAAGAGCAGGGAUGCAGCCAGACAGUCUCCAGCAGGUCCCCGUGGCCCUCCCCGGCCAGCCAGAGCUCCAGUGAAACCCUUCAUCCUCACCCGGGAUGCUGCUCAGGCCAGAGUGUUUGGAGCUGGCUAUCCUGGGCUGCCCACCAUGACUGUGGAUGACUGGUACGAGCAACGCCGGAAGCAGGGAAUUGUGUCCACCCCACAGAGGGUUCCAGCAGGUGCAAGUGAUGAGGAGAUGCAGAAGCAGCAGAAGGAGACAGAGGAGGAGGAGGAUGAUGAGGAAGCUCUUCGGAAAGCUCGGGACUGGGACGACUGGAAGGACACACACCCCCGGGGCUAUGGCAACAGGCACAACAUGGGCUGAUGCUGUGGCUGCCAGCAGGGCCUGGAGAUCCUGGGAGAACAACCUGGAGAGGGAGAAGGGAAUACAGUGUACAUAGAUGGAGCAUCUGGGAAUUCCCUGGAUGGACAGAGGACAGGAUGGCAGGAGGACACGUGACCCCUUGAUUUGGUGCAUUCCAUGUCAGACUGGGGCCAGACUGGUGGUGUUGGGGGGUGCCCCAGAGCUCUGAGGGGCAGCUCCAUAAGGGUCAGGCUCCCUCUGCCCUCCCAGGCAGAGGCAGCCUCCAAGGGGAGCUCCACGGAUUUGGAAACUGCUCUUUGUAUUGUGGGUGGAUAUAUUUAUUUUUUUUUUUCCUCUCUGUUUUAAGCAAAAUAAACUCUCUUUGUGUUGUCUGGUUCUUGA